AUGGUCCUGUUAAGAGAUGUCGGGCUCAACAAGCUUACUGCACCACCAUCCAACUGGCUUAUGAAAACGGUGACAUACCUAUUCGGAGGCUUUGGCUCCAUCUUGUUCGUUGCAGCCAUCAUGGUGUUUGUUGCAUGGAAGCCUCUCGGUGACCCUCCUGCGCUUGCCAACCUUGCGCUUGCCAUUGUUUUGGUAUUGGUGUGGCUCAUUCAGGCGGCUUUCAGCUUCUGGCAGGACUUCUCAAGCGGUCGUGUCAUGGCAUCGAUCAACACUAUGCUUCCCGACCAAGCAAUGGUUCUCAGAGAAGGUAAUUGGUCCAGUGUUGAAGGUAUCAAACUUGUUCCUGGCGAUGUCCUCAAGAUUGGCAUGGGCAACAAGGUACCGGCGGAUGUGAGAUUCUUUGACGUCUCUUCAGAUGCUCGUUUAGAUCGCUCCAUCUUGACUGGUGAGGUAAAGCCUCUGGUUGCGACUGUCAAGUCGACAGACACGAACUUCCUGGAGAGUGCAAACAUUGGUCUUGCCGGAACAAACUGCACCACUGGUACCUUGUACGGUGUCAUCAUCAGCACAGGUGACAACACUGUCUUCGGAAAGAAAGAAAUUCUUAUCUUUGUCGGCAUCAUUACUGCCUUGAUGGUCUCCAUGAUUCUCCUCGUCAUCAUCGUUUGGGCAGCUUGGCUCCGCAAAGACUACCCCGAUUGGAUAAACGUUCCCACUCUGAUCGUCGAUUGUGUAUCCAUCACAGUCGCAUUCAUCCCAGAAGGUCUGCCGAUUGCUGUCACUGCCAGUCUGACUAUCACGGCUGGUAUCAUGAAGAAGAACAAGAUCUUGGCAAAGUCGUUGAAGACUGUCGAGACGCUUGGAGCCGUCAAUGUCAUCUGCUCAGACAAGACUGGAACGAUCACGAAGAAUGAGAUGACUGUUACCGAUUUCUGCAUCGGCUACCAUCCUCAUCCAGUAAUCAAGGCUGCUGAUAUGGUUGAUCAAUCCCCAACAGUGGCUCGAUUGGCCAUGCUCAGUGGUGUCUGCAACGCCGGCGAGUUCGAUGUCAGCACUAGAGACAAGCCAAUCGCCGAACGCAAGGUCCAUGGAGAUGCCACAGACAGAGCAGUGCUCAUGUUCGCCGAGAGCAUCAUGCCCACAGCACGACUCCGUAGUCUGUGGCGUACGGUCUAUCGCAUCGACUUCAACUCGAAGAACAAGUUUAUGGUUAACGUUUGCCAAAACGAUAAUGAUCCUCAACAAGGUAUCCUUCUCACCAUCAAGGGAGCCCCGGACGUACUCAUCGGCAAAUGUUCCACGUACAUAGACCAGAACGGGGACAUCCAAGAGCUUGGCAACGAAGGUCGCUCGGUGAUCGAAACCAUCAAGAACAGGUGGUCGUCUCAAGGCAAGCGCGUAAUCUUACUUGCUCAGAAGCCACUGAGCCAAGUGAAACUCAACUCGCAAGAGCAACCGCAAGUUUAUGAGGAGUACAUCAUGGGCAAUGUCACAUCUGACAUGACUCUCGUUGGCCUUGUUGCCAUUGUCGAUCCUCCAAGACCAGAGAUGUCAGAAGUGGUCAGAACUUUGAAGGGUGCCGGUAUCCGCAUUUUCAUGGUGACCGGUGACUUCAAGCUCACGGCCAAAGCCAUCGCUUCUGAGUGUGGAAUCGUUAGUCAGGAGGCCAAUGAUAUUCAUGCUUUGGACUACGACGGUAGCUUGCACGAUUCUAACGGAUCCAAGGAAGGACAUGCUAAUUUCAGCGAAUCCACCAAAUCGAUCGUACUUAGUGGAUCUGAGAUCCGAAACCUGGAGGAAGAUCAAUGGGACCGACUUUGUCAAUACCAAGAGGCCGUGUUCGCUCGCUGUUUGAUCAUUGUCAAGAAGUUGCAGCAGAGAGGCUUGAUCACGGCAAUGACUGGCGAUGGUGUCAACGAUGCACCGUCACUCAAGGCCGCGGAUGUCGGUAUCGCCAUAGGGUCAGGUUCGACCAUUGCCAUCGAAGCAGCCGACCUUGUACUCUUGGAUUCGUUUGCGGCCAUCGUAGAAGCCGUCAGAUACGGUCGUGUGGCUUACGACAACCUCCGAAAGACGAUUUCAUACCUCUUACCUGCAGGCUCUUUCUCAGAGUUUUGGCCAGUUCUGACGAAUGUUGUCUUUGGUCUGCCGCAGAUUCUCUCGUCCUUCCUCAUGAUCAUCAUCUGCUGCUUCACAGAUUGCGCCGCCGGUGUUACUCUCGCAUAUGAGGCCCCUGAAGCUGACGUCUUGAACCGACCUCCCCGCUCCAAGAAGGACAGAUUGGUUGAUUGGAAACUGAUUCUGCAUUCAUAUGCCUUCAUCGGUCUGUUUGAGACAACUCUCUCUUUCACAGUGAGUUACUGGUUCGCUCAGUGCAAGGGGCUGUUUUUCUCAGAUCUGUGGUUCGGCUUUGGCAAAACACCCGACGGCAUGAGUGAUGAUACCAAGAACAAUAUCCUCAACAUCGCGUCGUCGAUCUAUUUCGUCAACUUGGUCGUAAUUGUACGCACCCGUCGACUGUCGCUCAUCAACCAUGCGCCUUGGCGAAACCCUUAUCUGUUGCCUGCCAUCGUCUUCGCAAUGACUAUCGCCAUCUUCUUCCUGUAUGUGCCCAAGUUUCACAGCGUUCUCGACACUGCAGUUGUCCCAGUCGAGUAUUGGUUCUUGCCCUUCGCUUUCGGAAUUGGCUUACUGUUGUUCGACGAGACCAGGAAGUUGCUCGUAAGAAAAUACCCUGGGAGUAUCCUUGCCAAGAUGGCGUGGUAG